GUGAUAUGCUUGUUUUUGACCGUAUAUGUUAAAGUAGUUUUUACAUAUUUUUAUUAUUAUUAUAUAAAUCCCAGUGUCACAUAAUGAUGAGAAGGUCGGCAUUUACUGAGCUGCAAACUAGAAUAGCCGAGCAUGUGUUGUCAGCACACCAUACCUUGGACCUGCUAGACGAGUCUGACAGAUUUUGGAGAACACAACUCGCCUCCCUGGAGAAUCAGCAGACGAGAAGUCUUGGUCUGACUCGGGCAAACUUUUACAGGGAAUAUUACAACACCAUGGACAGUGUGACACGGCGUAAACCUAUCAAGCCUCAAAGACUUGGCCAGACAAAAGUUGACUAUUCCAACUCAGUCACUACAGUUCAGCACAGGUUGUUGAGUCCAAAGUCCUCCUUCCACAAAUAUGGCUAUCAAUUACAGUGCCUCACUUUCAGCCCCCUCUCUAAAAAUGAUAGGCCUUCCACAUCAGGGUAG